CCCUUGUCCCCGCCCGGCCUGGGCCGUGGGUGCACGCACCGAGCGGUGCUGGCGGUCCCCGGCCCCGCAGCCCUCCCCUGACAGCCGUGUUCCGCAGGCGGAUUCCUGCAGCGGCCCUGGGUGAGGCAGCAUGGGGAAGAGCUGCAAGGUGGUUGUGUGCGGCCAGGCCUCCGUCGGGAAAACGUCUAUCCUGGAGCAGCUUCUGUACGGGAACCAUGUGGUCGGCUCCGAGAUGAUCGAGACCCAGGAGGACAUUUACGUGGGCUCCAUUGAGACGGACCGGGGGGUGCGCGAGCAGGUACGGUUCUAUGACACACGGGGCCUGCGGGACGGCCUGGAGCUUCCCAAGCACUGCUUCUCCUGCACGGACGGCUACGUGCUGGUCUAUAGCACUGACAGCAAGGAGUCCUUCAAGCGGGUGGAGCUCCUCAAGAAGGAGAUUGACAAGUCCAAAGACAAGAAAGAGGUCACCAUUGUGGUUUUGGGCAACAAGUGUGACCUGCAGGAGCAGCGCCGGGUGGACCAUGACGCAGCCCAGCACUGGGCCAAGGGCGAGAAGGUGAAGCUGUGGGAGGUGUCCGUGGCUGACCGGCGUACGCUGAUCGAGCCGUUCAUCUACCUGGCCAGUAAGAUGACACAGCCACAAAGCAAGUCUGCUUUUCCCCUGAGUCGCAAGAACAAGGGCAGCGGAUCCAUGGAUGGCUGAGCCUUGUUUUCCCUUCCCUUCCAUUGCCAUCUCCUCUUCCUCACCUCCCUAUUUCCCUUGCACGUACCUCCUGCUGAGCCUUUUUGGUGUCGCGAAGCCUGCGGGAAGCACGGUGGCAUGAGGAAUGGGCAUCCCGGGGCUGGGGAUGGUCUUUGAGGAUGAGAGAGGUGACCCACCUCCCUGCACUGGGACAGGGACCGCUCUUUUCACUGCCCAGCCCCUGCAGAUGUUGGAGGUGCUACAGGAAAGCCGGGAUUCACCGAGUGACGCCCCUCUGCUCUCUGGGCACAGGCUGGCAGACCCGAGGGCCGUCGGCUGCUAGAGGGGAGGCACAGCGUGGGGCUGGCCAGCAGAUGGGGAUCAGCUCCACGGCUGAGCACAGCCGGGCCAGAGGAAACAAUUCCCCCCUCUCUCUCUAGCUGCUCCGUUUUCUGUUUACUGAUACCAUUGAGAAGCGCCCGUUUGCUGGCCCUGCCUCCAGCCCAGCCGCUGUCAGAGCAGCUCUCCCCUGUCCUAGCCCAGCUGGCUCUGCGGUGCUGCACUGUUCCCCGGCAGAUUGCCCCUUACCUGGCAGUGCUCGCGGCUCCUUUACGUGCAGAAACAUUCAGUCAUCCUGCCCCAGUGAAUGCAUAGUGCAGAGCAGGGCAAGAUGCUGUUAUUGAGGGGAGGGUGCCCACAUCCACCACACUGCAGCCCUCCUCUUCCUCAGUGCAGACUCGGUCAUGACCUUGGAGAAGCUGGGUCUGUGCUUAGCCUGCACACCCUGAUGCUUAGGGCUGUGGCAGCUCUCGCUGCCCAUCUGUCACGGUGCUGAUUCUCCUCUCGGAACCACCACAAGAUAAGGGAAAGGUGUCCCCGUCCUGCCCAGCAACACGUGUUCCCUUCAGCUAGUCUGGAUCUAGGGGAAAAAAAAAAUGACGAGAAAGCCCUGGCUUGUUUAUACUUGUUCCUUUUAUUUACUGAGUAACACAAUAAAGCGAUGAGAUUCGAUUAUCAAAAUAUUUUCCUUUU